AUGGAGCCGUCGGAAGAGGCUGAAAGAGGCACCCUUUGCCUCACCUUCGCCCUCCGCGACGGGAAAAGAAGAGGCGUCGCCCCCGCAGCCCAAGCCUUCCAGCUUUUUGGAGCCAAAAUCGACCACCUGGAAACGAGACUGCGGAGAAAUGCUGAUGAGGAUCUUGAGGUUUUUGUGAGGUGUGAGGUUCUGAACUGCAACGUCAGCAACCUUAUUGAUUCUUUGAAGGAAGUGGCUGAGGAUGUGAAGACAAAGAGAGAAGAGAAAACUCCAUGGUUCCCCAAGAAAUUAAGAGAUCUUGACCAAUGCCAUAGCCUGGUAACCAAAUAUGAUCCUGGUUCAGAUCAUCACCACCCAGGAUUUAGUGAUCCAGAAUACAGGAAGCGUAGAACCUUUAUUGCUGACUUGGCCUUUAACUUCAGACAGGGAGACCCAUUACCAAGAGUUGAGUACACUGCACAGGAAACUGCUACAUGGAAAGAAAUCUACCAGAAGCUGAGCGGUCUGUACCCCACCCACGCCUGUAAACAAUACCUGGAAGCUUUCCACCAGCUUGAAAAAUACUGUGGAUACCAAGCAGACUGUAUCCCUCAACUGCACGAGGUUUCUGCAUUUUUAACAGAAAGGACAGGAUUUAAGUUGAGGCCAGCUGCAGGGCUUCUAUCUGCUCGGGACUUUCUUGCUGGACUGGCGUUCCGCGUCUUUCAGAGUACACAGUAUAUUAGACACUCAUCGUCCCCUAUGCAUUCUCCCGAACCGGAUUGCUGUCAUGAAUUGUUGGGCCAUGUUCCCAUGUUGGCUGAUAAGGAAUUUGCCCAAUUCUCACAGGAUAUUGGAUUGGCUUCCCUUGGAGCAUCUGAUACCGAUAUAGAAAAUCUAUCAGCUCUCUACUGGUUUACAGUUGAAUUUGGUCUCUGCAGACAAAAUGGAGCUAUCAAAGCCUAUGGAGCAGGUCUCCUUUCCUCGUAUGGAGAGCUGAUGUAUGCUUUAUCAGAGAAGCCCCAAUACAAACCCUUUGACCUGGAUAUGAUGGUGGUUCAGCCGUAUCAGGAUCAGGCAUUCCAGUCCAUUUACUUUGUAGCAGAACAUUUUGAAGAUGCAAAAUUGCAGCUCCAGAAAUAUGCCUUGACACUCAAGAAACCUUUUACUCUGCAUUAUGAUCCUUUUACAUGCAGCAUAGAAGUGCUCGAUUCACCACAAAAAGUGAAAGAAGUCAUCACUCACUUGAAAGAAGAACUGGGAAACCUGUGUCAUGCUUUUGAAAGGUUUUUGUAA